AUGCCGCAUCGGCAGGCGCCCUCUGCUGCUGCCGCCGCUGCGCCCGACAAGCCAAUGGCACCGGAUGCCAGUCCCGGCACUGCGUCGAUGCCGCUGCCAGAAGGCCUUGGCUGGGUGAUUAUACGUCACGACACUGCGCAGGGUCAAAUCGUCCUGUACGAGCCUGCCAGUCGCCAGCUCGCCGUCCAGCCACUCUCACGGCUCGAGAUGCACAUUCCCAUGUCGUCCAACUUGCUGACGUCUGUUCCGUCGCGGGACUCGGCGGAAGCUGCUCCAAGCGCAUCGUCGUCCUCCUCGGCGUAUACCACUCCCAUUCAACAAUCUGCCUCGUCGUUGUCGACAAUGUCUGGGACAAAUCUGCCAAGCAUUGCGCUGUCCCUCAUUCCCGUUUCAAUGCAACAUGCAUCAUCAUCGUCGCAUGAGCGUUUGCCAGGCCAAGCUGCGUCGUCCGCACUGUCCGAGUACAAUUCGAGCGAGAUUGGUCAAAUUGUGCUUCCAGGUCAUUCUGCCAUGUCCAACCCAAAUUACAGAAUGUACCACCAUCGCUAUGACAGCCCGACGCGGCUUCUGACAUGCCCGACGUGCCAUCAACGACUUCCGGCUGGAUUCCGCUUGUUUGCGAGGAUGGCUGAGGAUGUCGAUGAACCCGACUCUGCGUUUGCGUCUGGCGUGGGCUCGGGAUCGUCUUCUGCAUUCAACAGUGGAGACGCUGACGGAGAUAGCGGCGAUGAUGUCAAUGUCAAUGACGAAUCGGGCCAAAGCGACAACGAGGACGUCAGUUUGCGAAGUGGACAUGUUUGGUCACGCCGCCGCCGCAGCCGCGCAUCGCCGACUCCUGCUGCUGCUGCACGCACAACAUCCAUUUCACUACCAGAUGCUCUACAAUCCGAAACCAUGCUUGUUCGACGCAAUUCUCAUCUGCCGCGACUUGCUGCACCGCAAGGCACCCACCACCAAACACCACACGCCGUUUCUGGCGAACAGUCAGCAUCAUCGGCGGCGGCGGCGAGCUCUUCGCGGGUGCAGGUUGCUCCAUUGACCAUGGGCGAUUUGGUGCCCGUCGGUCGCCACAUUCAUGCAGAUCCAAAUUACUUUAGCUUGCUUGCUGCUGCCACCCAUCCUUCGCCUCUUCCCUCCCUGGCCGCGUCCUCCAGUCAGUCAUCUGCCGCAAGCUCAAGUCAACCCGCACAGCCGCUCCACGCCGCUCCUACAGGCAGCCAAGCCAGCGCAGACGUGCAGAACGACGACGACGACGACGACGAUCUUCUUCCGGAAGCAGCGCUCAACACGGGCUACUACAAGCGAUUCUUCAUCGAGGAGCAACGGAUUGGCUCUGGCCUUCGCGGCCAAGUGUUCAAGUGUCGCCACGAAAUUGACAACUUGUUCUUGGGGCACUAUGCUGUCAAGAAGGUCCCGGUGGGCGACCGCAAGCCGUGGCUGCUGCGCAUGCUUCGGGAAGUGCACUUGCUCAAUCGACUGCACCACGCCAACAUUAUUGGCUACAAGCACGCCUGGUGUGAAAUGCACCAGAGCACGCCCUUCGGCCCCGCCGUGCCCUGUCUGUUUAUUUUGAUUGACUAUGCCAAUGCGGGCAAUCUCGCGCAGUAUUUAUGGGCCCGGCCCCGCGUCGCUGACGCAUCUUCGUCCCACGUUGGGGAGUCUCCCCGCGCCAUCCGAGCUGCAGCACGUCGGAAGCGGUUGGACGCGGCCGCAGCCGCAGUCACCGCAGGCUCGCAAGACGAUACAAACCCCGAUCCGCUGGCCGCGCACGCGCGAUAUCUACCGGAUGAAGAAAUUUUGCGGCUGUUCCUGGACAUUACCCGCGGUUUGCACCAUUUGCAUAGCCAUGGUAUUAUUCAUCGGGACGUCAAGCCGCAGAACAUGCUCCUCACCAUUGAUGCCGAGGACGAGGAUGCCGGUGGCCGCGGGGCUUCCACUUCCGACAACAAUUCUGAAGGAACUGCGGCCUCAUCGGCGGCAGCCAGACGCCGCUCGCUCACCGGCCGCAUGCGAGCGCUCGUCUCUGAUUUCGGCGAGUGUGAAAACGAAUUCAAGCCCGUCUUGCGAAACCGCACUGGUGCAACCGGCACGCUCGAGUUUGUUGCGCCCGAGUUGCUAGCUGUCGAUGCUGCCACCGGCCAAUUCCCGGCG